UGGGCUGAGUGAUGGGGAGUUCUGGGGAACGAAUGAAGCGGGUUUGGGGGGGUCAUUGACGUGGGACGUUGUGGGGUGAGCGAGUGAUGGUGGACCAAGAGGUCAGUGAAUGAGGAUUUGUGGGCUCAGUUGUAGACAAAGUUAUGGGGCUAGUCAGGGUUGAAUGGGGCUUACUAAAUGUUGACUUUUACACAUUUUCUAGCACAGUGACCUGCGCUAAGGGUUUAUACGCAUCCUCAAGCCUCUGCCUAGGUGCCCCUACUUCUCCUGCCCAUAUCCCCUUUUCCGAGCCCCCUAGGUAGGGGCCUGUUUUGAAUGCUCCAGUUUAAGUGAAUCUGCACCCGAGGGCUUCCUUCUGACUCCUGGGCGAGACGGCCCCAGUGAGAGGAGGGAAUGGCCGAACCCCAGUUACAGGGACUCAUGACAUUUGAGGAUGUGGCUGUGGAUUUUACCCAGGAGGAGUGGCAGUACCUGAACCCUCCACAGAGGACCCUGUACAGAGACGUGAUGCUGGAGACCUACAGCAACCUGGUCUCUGUAGCAGGGCAUCAUGUUACCAAACCAGAUCUUAUCCUCAAAUUGGAGGUGGAAGAGAAAUGCCUGCCAGAAGGAAAAAUUCCAAUUUGGAGCUUUCCAGAAGAAGCCUGCCAGGUUGAUGAACAGAUUGAGAGACAGCAUCAGGAUGACCAAGAUAAAUAUUUGAUGCAAGUUGGAUUCCAUGACAAGAAAACAAUUACCAGUAAGAGUGGCCUUGACUAUAAUGAACUUGGAAACAUACUUUAUCUGAGUACAAACCUUUUUGCUUCAAUACAAAGGCCCCAUAAAUAUGAAUCAUUUGGAUAUAAUAUGGUUGAUAAUUUAGACUUAUAUAGUAGAAGUUCUGUGGGAAAGAAAUAUGAUAAUGGAUGUGCAAAAUUAUUCUUCCAUACUGAGUAUGAGAAAACAACUCCCAGAGUGAAACCUUAUGGAUAUAAAGAGUGUGGGAAGACCCUCAGGCAAAAGAAGGGUCUUAGUCUACAUCAGAGAAUUAAAAAUGGAGAGAAACCCUUUGAAUGUACUGCCUGUAGGAAAACUUUCAGCAAGAAGUCACACCUCAUUGUACAUUGGAGAACUCAUACAGGAGAGAAACCCUUUGGAUGUACAGAAUGUGGAAAAGCUUUUAGCCAAAAAUCUCAGCUCAUUAUACACCUGAGAACUCAUACAGGAGAGCGACCCUUUGAGUGUCCAGAAUGUGGAAAAGCUUUCAGAGAAAAAUCUACUGUCAUUAUACAUUACAGGACUCAUACAGGAGAGAAACCUUAUGAAUGUAAUGAAUGUGGAAAAGCCUUCACUCAGAAGUCAAACCUCAUUGUCCAUCAGAAAACCCACACAGGAGAAAAAACUUAUGAAUGCACCAAAUGUGGGGAAUCUUUCAUACAGAAGCUUGAUCUAAUUAUACAUCAUAGUACUCAUACAGGAAAGAAACCCCAUGAAUGUAAUGAAUGUAAGAAAACUUUCAGUGAUAAGUCAACUCUCAUUAUACAUCAGCGAACUCAUACAGGAGAGAAACCUCAUAAAUGUAUGGAAUGUGGGAAGUCUUUCAACGAGAAGUCAACCCUCAUUGUGCAUCAGCGAACUCAUACAGGGGAGAAACCCUAUGAAUGUGAUGUGUGUGGGAAAACCUUCACCCAAAAGUCAAACCUUGGUGUACAUCAAAGAACUCAUUCAGGAGAGAAACCCUUUGAAUGUAAUGAAUGUGAGAAAGCAUUCUCUCAGAAAUCCUAUCUCAUGCUACACCAGAGAGGUCAUACAGGAGAGAAGCCCUAUGAAUGCAAUGAAUGUGAAAAAGCAUUUUCCCAGAAAUCUUAUCUCAUUAUACAUCAAAGAACACAUACAGAAGAAAAACCCUAUAAAUGCAAUGAAUGUGGCAAAGCCUUCAGAGAAAAGUCGAAGCUCAUUAUACAUCAGCGAAUUCAUACAGGAGAGAAACCCUAUGAAUGUCCUGUAUGUUGGAAAGCUUUCAGCCAGAAGUCGCAGCUCAUAAUACAUCAGCGAACACACACAGGAGAGAAACCCUAUGCAUGCACCGAGUGUGGCAAAGCCUUCAGAGAAAAAUCAACAUUCACUGUUCAUCAGAGAACUCAUACUGGAGAGAAACCCUAUAAGUGUGCAGAAUGUGGGAAAGCCUUUACUCAAAAAUCAAAUCUUAUUGUACAUCAGAGAACGCAUACAGGAAAGAAAGCCCAUGGGAAAGGUCAUUCUUGGAAGUCCAAGCUCAUUGCACAUUAGAAAGUUGAUGGUGCAUUUGUGUUUACUGAAGGACAUUUUUGUCCGUUUAAUUAAACAUUUAAAAAGUAUAUUCUGACUUCUGGUUUAAAUAUAAGGAGUAAAGUCAGCCUUUUUUUUUUUUUUUUCUUUUCAUCUCAGUCUUCACCCAGAAGCUACAAGGAGAAAAGGAAGGACUUUGUAUCUGACAAAAUUAGGAAAUAGCUGAAAACAGAUGAGAGGGCUGCCAGAGGCAGAGGAAAUCAAGCACCAGUGCAAGGAGAGUUCAAAGGCUAGAGAGGAGUGGUCAAGGCUGCAGAUGUGAGAUAGCACUGGUAAGGACUCUUAGCCAAGUUUUAGGCUAUUCCCUAAGUGCAAGACCAUAUAGAUGCAUAACAGUGGUAACAGAGCAUGGGCAGGUGGGAUGUUUCCUCAACCCAUAUGGAAGUCUCAGGAGAGACAGGCAGGGGCCUCAACAAGGAAGUGCUCAGACAAGCCAUAUUUGCAGAAAGUUGUCUAUACUUGUGAGAGGAGCAGUUGGUAGGGGUUGGGGAAAGAGAAGGGAGUGUUCUUGUGAAGAAACCAACAGCUGCCCCUCUUUACUGACUCUGGAGAAGUCUGAAAGAACUACCAAAUGGGAAAAAAAAAUUCCAGCUGGAAAAGCUCUGAUCUGCCUAGAACAUGGCCCCUUUUUCUUCCCCUACAUGAACUUCCAGCAAACAGCAAGUCCAGGAAAACUUACUCAAGGAGGAAUGAUUCCAAAGAAUCAAAACCAAAAACACACAUGGCUUUUGAGCCAGCAGUUCCACUUCUAGGACUGUAUAUACUCAUGCAUGUACCAAAAGAUGGACAUAGAGACGUAUUCAGUGAUGUACUGUUUGUGAAAACAAAAGGUUAGAAGCUUUCCACAUGGCUCCUGAAACCCUGAAAUGUUCAUACAGCAACCUUUCAGGUAGACAAAAAAGAAUAGAUAAAGAAAACUUGGACACCAUUUGUAUAGUGAUGUGGGAUGAUAUCCAACAUACAUUAUUGGGUGAGAAAAGCAAGGUGCAGGAUAGUGAGAAUACUAUGCUGCCAUUUGUAUAUAAAAAGGAGAAUAAAUGGUAAAUACAUAAUUGAGUGUAUAUGCAUAAACUAUCUCUGGAAAGAUACACAAGAAGCUGGGAACCUUGAUUACCUCUGGGAAAGGGAUGGGGAAGUGGGUGGCUUGAGGGAAAGAACUGGGAGUGAGAUAACUUUUGAAAAUUAUACUAUGUGGAUGUACUACCUUCUCAAAAAAUAACUUUUAAAC